AUGCCCGAAUUGAGCUUUAAUAUAGACCAUGGAUAUCUGGAAGGUCUGGUGCGUGGUUUCAAAUGUGGUGUUCUGAAACAGGCUGAUUAUUUGAACUUGGUUCAGUGUGAGACGUUAGAAGAUUUAAAACUUCAUCUACAGAGUACAGAUUAUGGAAAUUUUCUGGCAAAUGAACCCAGUCCCCUUACAGUGUCUGUUAUUGAUGAUAAAAUGAGAGAAAAAUUGGUGGUAGAGUUUCAGCAUCUGAGAAAUCAUUGCUUAGAACCUCUGGCAACAUUCCUUGAUUACAUAACGUACAGUUAUAUGAUAGAUAACAUUAUAUUAUUAAUUACUGGAACAUUACAUCAAAGACCAAUAAAUGAGUUGAUUUCAAAAUGUCACCCUCUGGGUAGUUUUGAGCAAAUGGAAGCUAUACAUAUUGCUUCAACCCCAGCUGAGUUAUAUAAUGCUGUGUUAGUUGAUACACCUUUAGCUCCAUAUUUUAUUGAUUGUAUCUCUGAACAAGAUUUAGAUGAAAUGAAUAUUGAAAUCAUCAGAAACACACUUUAUAAAGCAUAUUUGGAAGAUUUCUAUAAUUUCUGUAAAAAUCUUGGAGGUGCCACAGCAGAAGUUAUGUGUGAAGCAUUAGCUUUUGAAGCUGACCGUAGAGCAUUUAUUAUAACUAUAAAUUCAUUUGGUACUGAAUUAAGUAAAGAAGAUAGAGAGAAGUUAUAUCCUAGAUGUGGUAAUUUAUAUCCUGAUGGAUUAUCUAAAUUGUCUCAAGCUGAAGAUUAUGAUCAAGUUCGUCAAGUAGCUGAAUAUUAUGCUUCUUACAGAGAGCUAUUUGAAGGAGCUGGUACUAACCCUGGUGAUAAAACAUUAGAAGAUAAAUUCUUUGAACAUGAGGUGAAACUGAUGAAACAAUCCUUCAUGCACCAGUUCCAAUUUGGUGUAUUUUAUUCAUAUGUUAAACUAAAGGAACAAGAAUGUCGUAAUAUUAUAUGGAUAGGUGAAUGUGUGGCUCAAAGACACAGAGCAAAAAUCGACAGUUAUAUACCAAUAUUUUAA